GCCGAGCCGAAGCGGAGUCGAGCCGAGCCGAAGCGGAGCCGAGGCGGAGGACGGAGCCCGAGGCGCCCGCUCCGGCUCCCGCUCCCGCUCCCGCUCCGGCUCCGGCUCCCGCUCGGCCAUGGCCGCCAUCCGCAAGAAGCUGGUGGUGGUGGGCGACGGCGCCUGCGGCAAGACGUGCCUGCUGAUCGUGUUCAGCAAGGACGAGUUCCCCGAGGUGUACGUGCCCACCGUGUUCGAGAACUACGUGGCCGACAUCGAGGUGGACGGGCGGCAGGUGGAGCUGGCCCUGUGGGACACGGCCGGCCAGGAGGACUACGACCGGCUGCGGCCCCUGUCCUACCCCGACACCGACGUCAUCCUCAUGUGCUUCUCCGUCGACAGCCCGGACUCGCUGGAGAACAUCCCGGAGAAGUGGGUGCCCGAGGUGAAGCACUUCUGCCCCAACGUGCCCAUCAUCCUGGUGGCCAACAAGAAGGACCUGCGGCACGACGAGCACGUGCGCGCCGAGCUGGCCCGCCUCAAGCAGGAGCCCGUCCGCGCCGAGGACGGCCGCGCCAUGGCCCUGCGCGUCCAGGCCUCCGACUACCUGGAGUGCUCGGCCAAGACCAAGGAGGGCGUGCGGGAGGUCUUCGAGACGGCCACCCGCGCCGCCCUGCAGAAGCGCCACGGCGCCCGGACCGGCUGCGCCGGCUGCUGCAAGCUCCUCUGAGGGCCCCGCGCCCCGGCCGGGCCGCCGGUCCGUCCGGCCGCCGACGCAUCCGCCGGUCCACACACCGACGCAUCCGCCGGUCCAUCCGCCGACGCAUCCGCCGGUCCACCCGACGACGCAUCCGCCGGUCCAUCCGACGACGCAUCCGCCGGUCCAUCCGCCGACGCAUCCGCCGGUCCAUCCGACGACGCAUCCGCCGGUCCAUCCGACGACGCAUCCGCCGGUCCAUCCGACGACGCAUCCGCCGGUCCAUCCGACGACGCAUCCGCCGGUCCAUCCGACGACGCAUCCGCCGGUCCAUCCGACGACGCAUCCGCCGGUCCAUCCGACGACGCAUCCGCCGGUCCACCCGACGACGCAUCCGCCGGUCCAUCCGUCUACCGAUGCAUCCGCCCGUCCAUCCGUCUACCGAUGCAUCCUCCGGUCCACACACCGACGCAUCCGCCGGUCCAUCCGUCCGCCGACGUAUCCGCCGGGCCAUCCAUCCAUCCCCCGCCCGUCCGUCCUCUCCCUCCCCUUCCCCUCCUGACCUCGCCAAGGCCCCGCCGCGGCGGCGGGAGGGGCGCCGGCUCCUAUAAAUAUAUACGUAUAAAUCGCUUUAUUUUUUUGGAAGCGGAGGGCCUCCGUCCCGAGGCGGCGGCGGACGGAACCUCGUAGGCUCCGAGGACGCCCUCGGCCCGGCCCUGCCGAAACCCCCCUCCCCUUCCCCCCUCCCCGGGUCUCGACCGUCGGGACGGAGGCGGCGACGGACCCGAGGCGACCCUGACUCCGGUCCACCGAGGACACGGGGCAGCGACCGGACUUCCCGACGGGGGCGGGAGGGAGGAGAUCGGGCGGUGCUUUUGCUCGGCCUGAGCUCCGCGCCCGUUGUGAAACGGUGGGAGUUCGGUUUAUUUAAAAACCAGACCCUUCUCUUUCAGAAGUUUCUCUUUUGCACAACCUGAGUGUUUCCUCGUUUUGACACCUGCACUUGCCAUCUGCAUCUGUAGCAUUUUAAACGCACUCUGUUGUAACCUCAUGGACUUCUGACUUUUUUUUUUUUUUAAAAAAAAGAUUGUAACUUAGGGAGAAAAACCACUUCCCCCCCUCCCAAAAAAGAGAAUACCACACUUAUAGUGUUUUAGAUUUUUAUUUGUGCGGAUCGUGCGCGCUGCUCGGAUCGAGGCAGCGAGGAGCGUUGGGAAUCUAUUAACGUUUCCACGAGCAGUCUCGGAACUGUGUGGAAUCGAUUUACAUCUCUGUACAGAGAACAGACCCACUUGUGUUCUUUUUUUUUUUUCCCCUCCCCCUUCUCCCUCACACACAGUGGUACUGCUAAGUUUUUUUUUUUUUUGGUCUGUUAUUUUUUAAAGAAACUGACAAAUGCAAAAGUGAUGAGAUGUAUAUGUUGUUUACAUAAAAUUCUAUAAACUGUGCAAACGGUUUUCUAUGUAAAAUAUUAAAAGACUCUAAGACGA